AUGGGACUGUGUUAUUCUACAACUGAUAAAACCACGAGUAAAGAAACGGGGACAACAAGCAACGCUACUUCCACGGUGGAGAUACAAGGCUCCGGGCGGCGGAGGAAGCCGAGAGAUUUGAAUAGCGGCGGCGAAAUCGAUGAGAUUCAACCGGUGGUGGGUCGGCUUGUUGGCAAUGGUUCAAGUGAAAUUGCUUGUCUUUAUACACAGCAAGGCAGAAAAGGAACCAACCAAGACGCCAUGCUUGUCUGGGAGAAUUUCUGUUCGAGAAGCGAUACAGUGCUCUGUGGUGUAUUCGAUGGACAUGGUCCGUUUGGUCAUAUGGUUGCAAAGAGAGUUCGAGAUAUGUUGCCGUUCACAUUAUCGACCCAAUUGAAAACGGCAUCGGCGAUGGAACUAAGCGGCUCCAAGAAUGGCCUCGAGUGUGCUACUUGCAUAGAUGAAGAAGAGCAAUGGUGUGAGUUACAGCCACGUGAGAAUGACGAAAAGCUACUUCCCGAAAUGUAUCUCCCGCUGAAACGAGCUUUGCUCAAGACUUGUCAACAGAUGGACAAAGAGUUAAAAAUGCAUCCAACCAUCGAUUGUUUCUGCAGCGGAUCAACUUCGGUUACCGUGAUCAAACAGGGUAAGGAUCUGGUGGUGGGAAAUAUUGGUGACUCAAGAGCUGUUCUUGCCACAAGAGACGAAGACAAUGCUCUGAUCGCUGUACAAUUAACCAUAGACUUAAAACCCGAUUUGCCAAGUGAAUCCGCAAGAAUCAAGAAAUGUAAAGGUAGAGUCUUUGCCUUGCAAGAUGAGCCUGAGGUUGCGCGUGUGUGGUUACCGAACAGCGAUUCACCUGGUCUGGCAAUGGCUCGAGCUUUCGGAGACUUCUGUCUUAAAGAUUACGGUCUAAUCUCUGUUCCGGAUAUCAACUACCGCCGCCUCACUGAUAGAGAUCAGUUCAUUAUUCUAGCCACUGACGGGGUAUGGGAUGUUUUGUCGAACAAAGAUGCUGUUGAUAUUGUGGCUUCAGCUCCUAGUCGAAACACUGCGGCUCGUGCCGUAGUCGACACAGCUGUACGAGCGUGGAGGCUCAAGUAUCCUACUUCGAAGAACGAUGACUGCGCUGUAGUAUGUCUCUUUCUCCAAGAUUCCUCAGGACCAGCAGGAUCCAUGGAAGUUUCAGAAACCGUUAAUCAUUCACACAAAGAGUCUACAGAGAGUGUCACUAUCAGAUCAAGCAAAGAUGGGGAGAAGAAAGAAGAGGCUUUAACAGAGACCGAUGAGAUUGUACCAGUUUGGGAGACGAAAGAAGAAAAAACGUCUGAGAGUUGCGGGAUUGAGUCCAAGAAGACAACACUCGCCGAAUGUAUAUCUUCUAAGGAUGAUGAUGAGUGGUCGGCCUUGGAAGGCUUGACUAGAGCCAACAGUCUCUUGAGCAUUCCCAGGUUCUUCUCUGGUGAGCUAAGAUCAAGUAGCUGGAGAAAAUGGGUGUGA